AACAAUUUCAUCGAAUGUAGCAACGAGGCAUACUAUGAGGGAAAUCGUCGGUAUUUUGCCGGAAUUCAAUCCACUAAAGGGAAAUUUAACAGCAGAGCAGUUUAUCAACAAAAUUGAACAAUUGCGAUUAAUUUAUUUGUGGAGCGAGGACGAGAUUCUAUUCGCUUCACAACAUAAGCUAAAGGUUGUAGCGGCUGACUGGGCGGAUGCUCAACCCCCUUUCAGUUCUUGGCCACUAUUUGUUGGGGCAUUGAAGGCCGACUUUCCGAGCGAAGUUAAUGUGGCUGAGGUACACCGUGAGAUGGACAGGCGCAAGAGGAAGCAUAACGAGUCAAUGAAAGACUAUUACUACAAUAUGCUCAACAUGGGUCGCAGAGCAAAUAUGGACCAAGCAUCAAUCAAUUCGUACAUCAUUGGUGGACUCAACGAUGUGAAUUUGUCACGAACUUUAUUAGCCAUCAAUUUGAAGACAUGCAACGAUUUGUUGAAAGAUAUCGAAGGUUUAUCAGCAACCUCAGUCGGGGUUAAGCCAACGUUCAACGCACAACAGCAACAACAACAGAGACAGUCGGAAGCAGGUGAGGCCCAAGUGCGAAAGGCCGUACGCUGUUUCAACUGCAACGAGGUGGGGCAUAUAGCAGCGAAGUGCCCCCAACCAUCACGAAGACCUAGAUGUAGUAAGUGUAAUAAAAUGGGGCAUGAGGCAAAGGCAUGCAACGUAAGUAAGAGUACCUUGGCAAGUUUAGCUGAGCCGUAUACAAUACCACCACCGUUUAUGAAGACAGUUGAGAUUUGGGGAAAGGUGAUGUCAGCCUUCGUAGAUACCGGUAGCGACUAUUCGCUGGUGGCAACAAACGUUAUUCCGAGUGACGUGCAGCGUGAACACGAGGUUCAUAAACUUACGGGCUUCGGAGGUGGAGUGGUCGAGACCAGAGAAAAGGUAAGGGCCAAUGCAGCGGUAGAUGGUCGUCGAGUUGAGGUGUCGUUGUUGGUGGCACCCGAAUGUUUCAUGCCAUACCAAAUACUUUUGGGUCGCGACAUGUUGGGUGACGCAAGGGUGGUCAUCGACUCAGGUGUAAUGAAGAUUGAAGCGGCCGAUAGCUACUCUUCAGUCAACAGAUUGUGUAAGGACGUCGAUCAUGAAGGAGUGCAAUAA